AUGACAGUGUUCCGAGCCUUUUGUGAAUCGUUCGAACAGACUGCGAAACAUUUCACGUCCGGCCUUGAACACAGCUUUGCGGAACAAUUUUCCAGCAGCUUCCUCGACUUUUGGAGGCAGGCGCUCUCCGACCUCAAUCCCGCGCCCGCGCCGACCUAUAGCAGCGUCGCCGCCGGUCACCCUGCAAGCCAGCCUCUCGGGGGCCACACCCCCACGGCCGCCGAGGCCCCGCAACAACAACGACCCCGGCAACCAAUCUCCCGUCUCCAGGGACGACCAUCCCCCGCCCCACCAAAGGAAGACCUCCGUGUCUUUGUGCGGCUCGAUGCCGAAGCACCAGCGCGAGACCACAGCAGCUACGCAAUUCGGACCCACAUCGCCGCCAAAGUCGGCAUCGACUUGCACCGGGUCCCGGCAGCUUUCAAGGUAAACUCGGGAUGGGCCAUCCGAACACUGGACGCUACCAUCAGGGACCUCAUCGUCCAGCGACAGUCGGAAUGGUCCGAGGACCUGACGCGACCUCGGUGGAGAUUACUCACAAAUGGUACAAUCAACUACGAGGCGGCCGUCAAAGACGAAAUCGCCUGCCAGACCGGGCUCACACCCAUCAGUAUUCGCCCCAGUCUGCACGAUUCAAACGACCUUCCGAAUUUCUCGAAAUGCCCUGCACGCCCCAAGCGAUCACAUGGCGUCAUUCGUCGCCUGACGAAGGAGGAGAAAACCCUUGUCCGACAGAUGGGCGCCCAACUAUUUGCUCAGCGGAAGCAACACUCCCAGAACUGCUCAGUCCGACGACCAGGAAGCCGAGCACCCAGACGACAGGUCACGGGGCAGAAGCGAAACCUCGGUCUUAAGCUCGACCAGGACCAUGUCUCCGCCAUUCAUUAUGGUAACCACGACAGCUCAGCCUCAGAGCGAGGGCAACGAACCCAGACCAGCUUCCCCUUCAAAGAAGCGACGCAUCAGCCCCAUUGCACUAUCUCCAUGACGAGAUAUCCCCGCGUGAAUCAAAGCGACAAGAAGACCCUGCGAGUCUUCCAAGCUAACGUAGGCAAGAUCUCGCCAGCACAUGACUGCGCCCUUGCCCUCGCCGACUCCGAACGAUACGAUAUAGUGCUCCUCCAGGAGCCGUGGACAGAAGCCAAGGACGGCCGAUGUCUUACCAAAACCCACCCAGCCUACGAUACUUUCUCCCCAGUCGACAGCUGGGACGACAACAGCACGCGGCCUAGAGUAAUGACCUAUGUCCGGCGCAGACCCUGCUUGAUGACAGAUCAGAGGAGGCCUGUGGCGACCCGCGACAUUCUCUGGCUCACCAUCAACAACAUAACAGUGGUAAACUUCUAUCGACAACCGUACUACGAUGAAGCACUGGAUAUCCUCCUCCAGUGGACCACACCAGGAAGGUGCCUAGUAGCAGGCGACUUCAACGCCAAACAUAGUAGCUGGCAAGCCGGCCGGCUCGAUGGCCGAGGCGACGACAUCGCCUAUUGGGCCUCUGAGAACGGCCUCAGCUUGCUCAACCCUGCCGAUGUCCUAACCAACCCGCAUGGCAAUACAAUAGACCUCGCCUUCUCCAACAUACCACUAUCCGAAGCUGUCGUGGAGGAACACCUGGCCACCAGCUCUGACCACUUCACGCUCAGCGUGACACUCGCUGACUUGGCUCCGGCCUCGGUGCCGCUGGGAAAGGUCCGCCUCACCUCUGACGACGAGCUCGCUCGUUUCGCGGAAAUGGUGGAUUCCGGAGCAAUAGCGAUCCCAGCCGCGGCCUCGUCUCCCCAAGAGCUUGAUUCCCUGGCGUUGGCGCUCGCGGACCUUCUCCAAUUAGCAGCCAAAGCCGCCGGUCGCCCCGUCCGUAAGGGGGCACGCAGCGCGCCCUGGUGGACGGAAGAAUGUGCCCUCGCUGCGGCGGAAUACCGCGCGAUUCGGAGAGUCUAUCCUCUCGGCUUCAAUCAGGAAGUCCAGUCCGCCAAGAGAGAUUUCCAGAAAGUCGCGCGCCGAGCCAAAAGGCUUUACUGGCGCAAUCUGAUCGACAGCUUCACUGACAGCGCCUCCGUAUUCAAAGCAGUCCGAUGGCUGCGAUCACCGGGUGCUUUCCAGCCUCCGCCCCUACAAGUAGGCGAUAUAGUUUACGAGACGCAGCUAGACAAAGCCAAUGCCCUACGGCGGGCGACACUCGAGCGGCGCACGGCGGACGAUGACAUCCCAGAUCCGUGGAUCCCAGUCGACACAAUGAAAACCAUUCCCUUCACGCAACAUGUGUCAUUUGAUGAAGUGCGCGACGCAACCCUACGGACCGGAAACACGUCUCCCGGCCCCGACAGCAUCACGGUACAAAUGCUCAAGGUAGUUUGGCAUGUUAUCGGAAGCCACGUCCACCGGCUGUACGAAGGCUGUCUUACCAUCGGCCAUCACCCGAAGCCAUUCAGAGAGGCCGAAGUAGUCAUGAUAACAAAACCAAGACGACGGAACCUCUCGACCCCUCGUGCCUGGCGACCCAUCUCCCUCCUGUCUUGCCUAGGCAAAGGUCUUGAGCGGCUCAUCGCACGCCGCCUGGCAUGGGCAUCCAUUCACUACGGAGUCCUCCAUUCACAACAAACUGGCGCUCUCCCGAAGAGAUCUGCCGUUGACCUUGUUGCCGCUCUGUUGCAUGACAUUGAGGAAGCGUUUGCCCGCGGCCAAGUCGCCACGCUGGUGACUAUGGACAUCCAGGGAGCCUUCGACACUGUCCUCCGCAACAGGUUGAUCCUUCGUCUUCGCAAGCCGAAGGGGCGCUUCGGCUACGCAGACGACACGGGCAUCUGGCUUGACAGCACCCUGUCGUUCAAGACGCACGUGGAAAAGUGGACAGCCAAGGCUCAGGUCGUGGCAUACCAUCUGAAAGGACUGGCAAACACCAAACAUGGCCCUCUUCCUGGUGCCGUUCGCAGAGCCGUAAGAGCAUGUAUCGAACCGGUGCUGCUCCACGGCGCCGAGGCAUGGUACCCCGGAUUAACCAGCCCGCGAUGGAUCCAGCCAGCAAAGGAAGGACCAUCCGGGAUACAGCAACUGAUCCGAAAGAUGAACAAGUCGCUUCACACAUCCAUCCGGGCCGUCCUGCCGGUUUGGAGGACGACACCGAUCAAUGCCCUCCAUCGAGAAAGCGGCAUCCCACCGGCCAUUCAACUGCUCGAGGCGCGUCGAAUGCGCUUCUCGGCCCGCCUCAAGUCUCUCGAUGAAGCCCAUCCGUCGAUCAAACUGAAGUACCAGAUGCCACGAGAAGGCUUCCGGACCCGACUUCGACGCAGCGACCAGCUGCUGCAUUGCAGCAGGCGUCCAAUUCUCCUCCCUCGCCGCUUCGGCGACGAUCAAGCGCUGCCUCUGCAAACCGCCACGAAAGACCAGUCAGCAGCGGAAUUCUGCAGUUGGCUCCGAGGCAUGCCGGCAGACUCCUCCCAGGAUGUCUUCCUCGAAUUCCAGGCUCUGGCCACAGCACACGCAAAGGCAGGAACCUCUCAACCCGAGCCCGCAGGCGCUAUCCCAACACUGGCAUAUCUGCGCAGGGCUGCUAGGCAGCAGCCUAAAAGUGCAUUUAAAGCCUGGUGGGAAGCCUCCGCACCCGAACAGUACAAGCCACUGCACCUUAAGCCGACGACCGGCUGCCCCCUGGAGCUCAAACUCCCCCGACCGCUUCUCCACCACCUGCUUGCAGCCAGAACCCGUCACGGGGACUUUGCCGACUACCACGAGAGGUUCAACCACGACGAUGCGCGACUGACCAGUCAAUCGCGCAAAGGCAGAGACUUCGACAGGUUCAACACGGAGCGCCUCAGAGCCGAUGAAAUGCUGGAUGGUGACCUGAGCGGCCUCACGGCCGCUGGACGGAAAAUGCACAUACAUACAUACAUACAUACCGCCGACGCCGACGACGAUUUCUUCAGCCAAGCCUUCUUCAGCCUCAACAUCAGCCUCUACAACAAGCCGAUCGUUGCGUCCGAGUGGCAGGAACAAUACUUCCUGAUGCAUGGCCGCGUUCAUCCCUACGUCCUUGCAUGGGACCUCGACCCGACCCUUGGCGAGGACCGGUUGAGGGCCGUCGACUACUGCGCUCCUGCGCUGAUUAUCCGCGACCUUGGCUUCCAAGCGUCUGUAUGA